CUACCAGUGGGAUCCAACGGCCAUCAUUUCUUCCUCUAAUUCCCCAGCAACGCACCAGACUACGGCCCCAUACCACCAAAUAAAGUAGUACAAUAACAAACCACUCUUUCUUUGACCAAAGACCAAAACGCAAGCAAACGAAUAUUAUUCGGUUCACUCCAAAUAAAAAUAUAUUCAGUGCGAAAAUAAAUACUCUAAAGUAAGAAUCCGACGUCACCGUACCUUUGACCCUCUUUCUCUCUUUCCGCUUUAAACCCUCUCUUGUCUUCUCACUCUCUUGCUUCUCUCUCUUUCUCUGUUUCUCAGUUUCUCUAUUUCUCAAUUUCUUCACUAUAAUUUACAAACAGAUUUUUUAUUUUAUUUUUUUUUUUAAAUUUCUUUCUCAGUGACAGUUACGGCGGUUACGAUGGUUAGAGACGAUUUAUACAUCACGGUGCCGAGUUUAUUCCGGUGUCCGAUAUCGCUUGACGUGAUGAAAUCUCCGGUGAGUCUCUGUACCGGAGUUACGUACGACCGUUCCAGCAUCCAACGCUGGCUGGAUAACGGUAACAACACUUGUCCGGCAACUAUGCAGAUUCUUCAAACGAAGGAUUUCAUACCUAAUCGCACCUUACAGAGGCUCAUCCAGAUCUGGUCCGAUUCAGUUCGUGACCGAGUCGACUCGCCUGAUUCUCCUUUAUCCGGUGACUCCUUUGAUAAACGUGAUCAGUUACUUGUCGCUUUGACCGAUUUAGAGUCCGGGAGCGAGAACCGGUUUGACUCGCUGGAAAAAAUCGUAAGGUUUGCGAAAGAUUCCGAGGAGAAUAGUGUUUUUCUGGCGAAAACAGAAGGUUUCGUGGCGUUGUUGGUAGGUUUUCUGGAAAUUGUUGACGGUGGAGUGGAACGGAGUGUGGAGUUGCUUGAACAGGUUGUUAUUGCGUUGGAUUUGGUUCUAAGUAAAAUUGAGAAUCGCGAGUCGAUUCUGAAGAACCAGAAGGAGAGGGAAGGAGAGAGUGUAGAUUCAUUGCUUCUAGUUUUGAAACAAGGAAGCUCCGAAUCGAAGAUUGCAUCGAUUAGGGUUUUGAAAUCGAUAGCCGAUGAUUUAGAAUCCAAGCUUCUAAUAGCGGAGAAGGAAGGUUUAUUAUCUCAAUUACUCAACCUAAUCACGCCGGAGAAUGAUGUAAACCUAAUCGAGAACUCACUCUCGUGUCUGGUGGCAAUUUCAACGCCGAAGAGGAACAAAGCGAAAUUGAUUCAUCUCGGAGCAGUGAAAGUAUUAUCGAACAUUCUAACAUCAACUUCGAAUUUGAGCGUUUCGGUAACUGAGAAGGUGUUGAAACUACUUGAAACGGUGUCGUCGAUGAAAGAAGGGAGGUCGGAGAUAUGCGAAACUCCGUCCUGCGUGGCGGCGAUAGCAAACAAAGUGUUGAAAGUGUCCGCCGUGGCGACGGAGCACGCGGUGACGAUACUAUGGAGUGUUUGUUAUUUAUUUCGUGAUCAGAAAGCACAAGUAGCGGUUACGAAAGCUAACGGAUUGACGAAGAUUUUACUUCUGAUGCAGAGUAAUUGCACGCCACAUGUUCGUCAAAUGUCCGUGGAUUUGCUUAAGAUAUUUCGUGUUAAUUCUAAGUCGUGUCUUUCUUCGUAUGACACUAAAACGACUCAUAUUAUGCCGUUUUGAUUUUGAUAAACUAUGUAAAUUGAAAGAAAAUUUUGUUAGUGAAUAGAGAAAAUUGAUAGCAAUUUUAUGCUUGGGAAUUCUCUUUUUGUUUCUUGAAGGUAUGAGAAAUUGGAGAAUUUCCGGUGUGCAAGUUCUAAAAGGACUUUUAUUUAUUUAUUUUGUUAUAUACUUGGCAAUUUAUUUGAUGGUUGUUGCCUUGCCAUUACCCUAAUGAGGAAGCUAUUUGGCCACCAUGUAAAUCUUUUUUUUUUCUCUUCGAAAGUACUAAGCAUUAUGUAUAUCAGGCAAUAGAGUGAUUAAAGUGAGUGAUUUCAAGAAGCUAGCAUUUGUUGCUUAGGAUAGUAACACAAGUGAAUAUAAAUGCACUCAAAAGACAACCAUAAACAAAGAUCAAAACAAUUUUAAGAUGAAAUGCAUGUGAAUUCAAGAAAA